CAUUAAACAAUUGUCAAGGGAGCUAACUAACGGUGGAAGUGAGCUAGCUAGCUAACACUACUCACAUCAACAACAACACUUUAUCACAUAGUAGUGUGUGAGCCCAGUGUUGAGAUGUGAGGAAGAUGGCAGUCAUUAUUCGUCGUGUGUCGGACUUUUUCCCGAGAGUUUCUGAGAGCGGAGCGGCAUGUCGAAGAGGGAGAAAUACAACUGGAAGUGAGAAAUGAAGAGUUGAGCUGAGAGAUGAGAGAUGGGAGCUAGCGCCUCACUGUCGCUCUGUUCAAAAUAUCUGCUGUGAAAAAAUGCCUAUGAAGUGGACACUUCUAGAUCUCAUAUAAGGAGAUGACUGGCCCUCACUACUUUUCUAAAACACCUCUGUCCACCAAGGAAUGUGACUAUAAGUGACCCGUCCUCAGUGAGAGUCCUGAGACCCAGCGCUAAGGUCAGUCCAGAGCCCAUUGCUCCCACCCUGGUUUCAGAGCCUAAACUGUCUGCCAGGUGUGUGUUUGGUGUUGCCUUGGAAACACUGCGAGAGCACGAGCAGAUGGUCUGUGGAAUACCCCUUGUGCUAAGAGACAUGGUGGAGUUCCUGGAUAAGAAUGGAAUGCACUACAAAGGCCUGUUUCGCCUGUGUGGGUCGGUGGUGCGGACCAGGAAGCUGAGGCAGCGGUGGGACCAUGGAGAGAGGGUGGACCUGGAGCAUGAGGGAGACGUCUCCACUGUGGCCUCGCUCCUCAAACUCUUCCUUCGGGAAAUACCCACUCCCAUAGUUCCCGAACCAGAGCGCAAACAACUGGUUCUGAGCCUCGAAGGAUAUGCAGAUGAGGCAGUGAUGAACCAGUCUCUGAGGGAAGAAAUUUGCCACCUUCCCGAUGACAACCUCAUAAUUUUGUCUUACCUCAUCCACUUCCUGUCCAGAGUGGACGCCCACAGCCAAUCAAAUCACAUGCCUGUGCAAAGUCUGGCAACCAUCUUUGGGCCGUGUAUAUUUCAUGUUCCUUCAGGACCCAGGAUGCUGGAGGAGCAGUAUGUGUGUAACGCCUUGUUGCUUCAUCUUCUGAGGCAUCACAAGGUUCUCUUUCCAGUCCCCACCGAGGACACUGUGGCCUCCUCGAUCACGUCCUCCUCCUCCUCCUCACCCCCUCCUCCUAUUCUCUCGGCGCUUUCACACUUUGAGGUCCGAUCCAGCAGCUGUCACUUAGAGCAGAGCAGUGUGGAGAGGUUGGAGGGAGAGACCACUUCAGUCUCAGCGUCCAGUGCUUUUAACCAAACAAUUUGGAUGCAAAUUCAACUCAACAGCUCUGACACACUGGCGCAGGGUUGUGAAACCAUUUCUGACGUCAGCGUUGACAUUCAGAAGCUGAUUCCAGACCAGGAGGCACCGGAGGAGAGCAGUGACAGCACAGAGGCAGGCUGUGUGCACUCCUACCCCACUGACCCAGGGCCAAAGCAACACCCGCAACAGAGCCUCCAGGGAGAGCCACCGGAGCUGGAGUGUACCACCCAAGGGACCUUUUCACAGUACAAGAUACCACUCACCUCCAGAUCAAAGGAGAACAAGGAGGAAGAGGUAGAGAAUAGGACACCUUCCUCACCCAUCAAAGACGACUGUUCAACGGCUUCCACAGAUGCAGGGCAGAAAUCAUCUAUUUCAGACUGCUGCAUAGCCACUGAGUCACAGAGCUACACCCAAACACAGACUCGGCACAGGAAGAGCAUGCUGUGCUGCAUAGAGUACAAGACAGAAGCCAAAACCACAGUAUCUGAGAAGGGGAGAAGAGGAGGCAGAGGAAGAUGUAGUGGUUCUCCUGACAGACACGACGAUUGCAGAGGCAGGAACACCAGCCAUGACAGCCCCUCCCUCAAGCUACAAGCCCUGGAGGCUGACUUGGGACCCCUGCCUGCACCAGGAGACCCCCAAGCUCAGGAUAACCUACCUGCCCAGCAACAGCCUCUUUGUACUGAAGAGCAGAGCCUGUAUUUGACCCACAAGCUGCUUCUCCACUCGCCGUCGCCGCCACCAGCUCAGGAUCAGGUCGGCUCAUCACAGUCUGGACACACCCCUUCCCCUGAUUCAUCAGAGUCCAGUCCUGUCCUCUCUGCCACCAUUCUUUCUGAGGGGAUUUCAGGAAAUGACACCCUGCUGAGCCCCCCAGGCCCUAAAACUAGCCCACUCCUCUCUCGUUUUACGACGAGCGACUGCCCAGUUCCCUCGCCGCGCUGCCCCAGCCUCAGUCACAGCCUGCGCUACAACCUAGACCCUGAUUCAGCCCCUUCUCCACCGUGCUCACAGCACAUACGCAUGGCUCGCAACAUUGUCCAUACAGAGUCAGAGGAGGGCUCUGUGUCCAUUUCAAUGCUCAACAGACACAUUCACACACUGAAGAAGAGGAUCAGGUGUUUCGAGGAGCGUUUUGAACAGGAGAAGCACUAUAAGCCGGCCCACAACGACAAGACAGCACAUCCAGAGAUGGCCAGACUGAUGAAGGAGCUCAUCAAGAGUCGCAAGCAGCUUAAGGAGCUGAAGCUGCGACAAUCAGCAGAAGGGGGUCUGACGGGGCAGGGAGACUCAAACCCAUCAGUUGAAACAUGCAGGACCAACAUAAACCAGAGGGAGGCAGCACUAACAGGGACUGAGCUACAGCAACGGAACAACAGCAACACAAAGCCAAAUGUGGAGGAAACGGUCAACAUGAUAAGCAACAGACUGAAGGAAAGACGUCGAGAGCUGGGCCUGCCUGACAAUGUUAAGGAGAUGUCCCAUUUCCAGAUUACUAUGGAGAAGGCCAGUCUGCAGAAGUGUUUGCUCUACUUUGAGAAUCUGCACGGACGACCGAGUAACAGGCAGGAGCGCACUCUAAUGAAACCUUUCUACGAUCGGUACCGUCUUCUCAAGCAGCUGCUGCUUUCUUCUGCUGCUGCAACAGUCAUUACGACCAUUGAGGAAGAGGAGAGCUCUGACGAAGAGUGUCCCAAACAGCAAAGCCCCAGGCUGCAGCCACUCCGACUGCAAUCGCCCAGGUGUGUGUCUUCAGAUGAGUUGCUGCAUCUGCCUUCCCUAGAAACGUUUGAAACACCUCUGGUGUCCCCGCUGGAGGAGGUGAAGGGUUUCCAGCCACAGAUCGUCACCAUGGCAACACUACAUGAAGCUUCCAGACCAGAAUUACUAGAUCACCUCAGGAUGGCACGAUCAGAGAAGCGGAGGGUUCACCAAGCGCUCCGAGAGUUUGAGGACCAUUUCUACACGCAGACCGGCAGGGUUUGUCAGAAGGAGGACCGCGGGCCGAUGGCGGAGGAGUACUGCCAGUAUAAGAACCUCAAAGCGAAGCUCCGUCUACUGGAGGCCCUGCUCAGUAAACAACAGCACUCAACCAAGACCAGUUGAGUGAACUCACAGUGGGACUUUUAUCUUAACAGUUCGAUCAUUUCUGGAAAAAAAAAUCAGGUUGUGAAGACGGUGGGUCUGGUCUUGUUUCAUGCCAUGCUCAUUAUGUUGAUGCACUUUACUGUACAUGACUAAAAACUGAUGGAAAUUGGUGACAAUCUUAAUGAAAUGCUGCACAACUGCAGUUUUUUUUUUUAGUCCCAAAAACACAUCCGUUGUCAUUUAUGACGCAUCUUAUUACAACCUCAUGUAGCAAGUGUAUUUUAUGUAGCACUAACUUAUGUCAAGGAUGACGAGCUGUAACAAUUUGAUGUUAGUUACAUAUUAGUAAUUUUAAGAUUACUGUAUGUUUAUUAUGGCACAUUGUUACUUGCUUUUUUUCCCUCGCUAAAAUACUAUUUUUGGAAAUGUAUAUGUGGAAACUGCAUUUAAAAAAAAAAAAGUGCUAUCUUGGCAAAAAAAGGUGUAAGCUUAAAUGCAAUCAAUGAGACAAUCCUGUCGUGUUUGUGCAUGUCAG